AUGUGCCUAUUCAAUGAACAGUUUGUUGACACUCUUUUACUCGCUUUACGCUGCCUGACGCCUGAUUGCCUUGUGCCCUUUCGAGCCCUGACAUGCUUCUUUCACCUCCUCUUCGGCCUGUUUGUCUCCGCGGCUGCAGGCAACUUUGGUACCGUGUUCGUUGACCAGUCCUACUGGCAGGUCAGCACAACCACGAAGCCGUACCAGGGCGUGCUCGGCUACCUGAUUGGCGGUUUGAUCUGGUUCAUCAUUCCCUUAUCCUUCGGCACUAGCAACGGUCUGGCCUAUCUCGGACUUGGUGUGCUCAACGGCACCGACCUCCUGACCCCUUCAGAUAUCGGCAAGGGUACGUGCCCCCUCACCCCUUUCCCGUUUCACGAAGAUGGGCGAGUUGUGUGA